AUGGCUUCCUCAUUGAUUCCGAGGAAGUCCUAUCCUACAGAUUCCGAGAAUGCCCCCGAGCCGAAUUGGUUCAAGCGUCAGGUCACGGGGGGUUUGCAGGCCGUCGCCCGCCGGGUCUGCUUAAAUCCCAUUCACACAAUUGUCGUGGUGGCCCUCCUGGCCAGCACCACCUACGUGGGGCUGCUGGAGGGUAGCCUGAUUGAUACGGUCCGAAACCCUCGAAAUGUCGCCGGUCAGGUCGAUGUGGACACGCUGUUGCAAGGAAGUCGGACGCUCCGGUUAGGCGAGAGUACAAUGUGGAAGUGGCAGGUCGAGGAUGCCUCGGCGGAGGAGGAGUACAAGGCCGCUCAGCAUCUUGCAUUGACUACCUUCAUCUUUCCCGAUUCCAUGUCGAAAUCCGCACCCACCGCCCCCCUGGCGAAAGAGGUCCCGGUCCCGGCGAACGCCUCGGCUCAAUUGGUCCCCCACACUCCGAAUCUGUUCACCUCCUUCUCGUCCGAUUACUCGCUGGCCUAUUCUCUGCCGUUCGAUCAUGUCGAGGGCUUCCUGCGGGCCGUCCAGGAAAUUCCCGAGCCGUCUGUCGCCGACGAUGAGACGGAGCAGAAGAAGUGGAUUAUGCGUGCGGCGCGCGGCCCGGCCUCGAGCGGCAAGAUUCGUAUGUGGUUCGCGGACGCGUGGAAUUCCUUUGUGGAUCUGAUCAAGCACGCGGAAAGCGCCGACAUUUUCAUCAUGGCGCUGGGCUACCUGUCGAUGCACCUCAGCUUCGUCUCCCUCUUCAUUUCCAUGCGUCGUCUGGGCUCCAAGUGCUGGCUGGCGUCGACCGUCCUGCUGUCCGGCGUCUUUGCCUUCCUGUUCGGUCUGCUGGUGACCACGAAGCUCGGCGUGCCCAUCAGCAUGCUGCUGCUGUCCGAAGGCCUCCCCUUCCUCGUGGUGACCAUUGGGUUCGAGAAGCCGAUCAUCCUCACGCGGGCGGUCUUGAACGUUGCGCUGGAUAACCAGCGCCAGGGUGCCGGGGCGAACGGCGCCAACCCCGGGCAUCCGACCCCCAAUGCCCCGCACUCCAUCCAGGACUCCAUCCAGACGGCCAUCAAGAAGCAGGGGUUCGAGAUCGUCCGGGACUACUGCAUCGAGAUCGCCAUCCUCGUGGCGGGUGCCGCGUCCGGCGUGCAGGGCGGACUGAGGCAGUUUUGCUUCCUCGCUGCCUGGAUUCUGUUCUUCGACUGUGUUCUGCUCUUCACCUUCUAUACCACCAUUCUCUUCAUCAAGCUCGAGAUCACCCGUAUCAAGCGUCACGUCUCGCUCCGCAAGGCUCUGGAAGAGGAUGGCAUCACCCACCGGGUCGCGGAGAGCGUGGCCUCGACCAAUGAUUGGCCUCAGGCCGCCGCCGAUAACGGUGGCUCCAGCGAAACCAACAUCUUCGGGCGGAAGGUGAAGGCCAGCAAUGUCCGCCGCUUCAAGGUCAUCAUGGUCGGCGGCUUUGUCUUGAUCAACAUUCUCAACAUGUCCGCCAUUCCCUUCCGGAACCCGAGCCAGGGCCCGAACGUGCCUCUUCUGUCCCGCGUGUCCAACGUGCUUGCACCCACCCCGAUCGAUCCGUUCAAGGUCGCCGAAAAUGGGCUGGAUUCCAUCUACGUGGCGGCCAAGAGCCAGAUGAAGGACACUCGCGUCACUGUCGUGCCCCCCAUCAAGUACAAGCUGGAGUACCCCUCCGUGCACUACUCCGCCGUCGAUGGCCCGCUGUUUGACAUUGAGUAUACCGAUCAGAUUCUGGACGCUGUGGGUGGGCGUGUGAUUGAAAGCCUCCUCAAGAGCAUUGAGGAUCCCAUGAUCAGCAAGUGGAUCAUCGGUGCCCUGACGCUCAGUAUCCUGCUCAACGGCUACCUCUUCAAUGCCGCCCGGUGGAGCAUCAAGGAGCCGACGUCUCCUCUCGAGUCCAAGCCCGUCGUCCCCGAACCUAAGGUUUACCCCAAGGUCAACUUGAACCCCGAUGUCCCGAACCGCAGCCCGCAGGAAUGCGAGGCCCUCUUGAAAGAGAAGAAGGCGCCUCACAUGACCGACGAGGAACUAAUCGAAUUGUCCUUACGAGGCAAGAUCCCCGGUUAUGCUCUCGAGAAGACGAUGGAGGAUGAGGACCUCAUGAGCCGUGUGGAUGCCUUCACGCGCGCGGUGAAGAUCCGCCGUUCGGUGGUGUCUCGGACCAAAUCUACCGCUCCCGUCACGAGUGCUCUGGAGGUUUCGAAGCUUCCGUACGAACAUUACAACUACUCCCUCGUCCACGGCGCCUGCUGUGAGAACGUCAUUGGUUACCUGCCUUUGCCUCUGGGUGUCGCCGGUCCUCUCAACAUCGACGGACAGAGCUACUUCAUCCCCAUGGCCACCACUGAGGGUGUCCUCGUUGCCAGUACCAGCCGUGGCGCCAAGGCCAUCAACGCUGGCGGUGGUGCGGUGACGGUGCUGACGGGCGACGGCAUGACCCGUGGCCCCUGUGUCGGAUUCCCCACUCUGGCUCGCGCCGCCGCGGCCAAGGUCUGGAUCGAUUCCGAAGAGGGCAGAAAGGUCAUGAUGGACGCCUUCAACUCUACGAGCCGCUUCGCCCGUCUUCAGUCGAUGAAGACCGCUCUGGCGGGUACCUACCUCUACAUCCGGUUUAAGACUACGACGGGCGAUGCCAUGGGCAUGAACAUGAUCUCCAAGGGUGUCGAAAAGGCCCUUUCCGUCAUGUCCACGCAGUGCGGCUUUGACGACAUGGCUACGAUCUCGGUGUCGGGCAACUUCUGCACGGACAAGAAGUCCGCCGCGCUCAACUGGAUCGACGGCCGUGGCAAGUCCAUCGUGGCCGAGGCCAUUAUCCCCGGCGACGUUGUUCGCAGCGUCCUGAAGAGUGACGUCGAUGCGCUGGUCGAAUUGAACACCAGCAAGAACCUGAUCGGCAGUGCCAUGGCGGGCAGCUUGGGCGGUUUCAACGCGCAUGCCUCCAACAUCGUCACGGCUAUCUUCCUGGCCACGGGGCAGGACCCGGCGCAGAACGUGGAAAGCAGCAGCUGUAUCACCACCAUGAAGAACUCCAACGGUAACCUCCAAAUCGCCGUGUCGAUGCCCUCCAUCGAAGUCGGAACCAUCGGCGGCGGUACCAUCCUCGAGGGACAAUCCGCCAUGCUGGACCUGCUGGGCGUGCGCGGUGCUCACCCGACGAACCCCGGUGAUAACUCUCGCCGGUUGGCGCGUAUCAUCGGCGCCUCCGUCCUCGCCGGCGAGCUGAGUCUGUGCUCGGCCCUCGCGGCAGGCCACCUGGUUCGGGCACACAUGGCCCACAACCGCAGCGCUGCUCCCACGCGGUCGGCGACGCCUGUUUCUGCGGCCGUUGGCGCGGCUCGGGGAUUGGGCAUGACCAACUCCCAAUAA